UUAGCUCUUAAAAAAUGAAAUUUUGAAUAUUUUGGGAGUAGAAUUUUUUAUUCGGUUAUAAUUUUGUUUAAUAACUGAAAGAGGCUAUAAUCCGAAUGAGUACUGUGGAUGGUGGCCGUUUGGAAGUUUUGGGGGUUUUGUAUUUUCAAAGAUUUUUGAGGGUGUGAUGAAGAAGACUUAUUGAGGAUUGGUUUUUGUGAUAUUUCCGGUGAAUUUUGUAAUGCUUGGGUAUGGAGUUUGGAUCUUUAUGACGUAUUUUUCAGAUAUUACCAGGAAUAUGUUGGUUUUUGGGCUUCUUUUGGUGCUUCAGAUCUUCCAGUUUAUAUCGUAUUUUAUUAUAUGUUUGAUGGUUAUAUGUACUUGUCAAUGGCACAUUGAUGAGUUCAACCCAAGUGAAGCAAAUCAGCCAUUGAUUGACACCGGAUUACAAGGAAUAGAACUAGAAGAAGUUAUUACAAACAAACCUAAAAAAUUUAACUCCGAAGAGGAGGAAACUUGCUCAAUAUGCUUACUUAAAUUAACAACCCAUCAAGACCUCACCGAGCUCAAACACUGCAAACACAUAUUCCACCAAAACUGCAUCAAACAAUGGCUAAAAAUCGAACCAAAAUGCCCCAACUGAAACACAUCCCUACUCCCUCACAUCCCCUAAAUCCCCCUUCCCUACUCACCCAGCACUCUUCCAACCCCCUAAUCUUUAAUCUCAAAUUCA